AUGCAGCUGGACUGCCCUCUAGUGGGCAUUCAGAAGGAUCAGGAGGAGACUCUGCAGGAGCUGAAGAAGAGGAUGGGGGAGGUGCAGAGAGAGAGGGAGAGAGACGGGGAGGCACUACGACGUCAGACCAGCGAACUGGGCUACAUCACAGAGAGAGAGGAGAGAAUGAAGAAAGAACUAGAGACCGCCCUACAGAGAGUCAAGACUCUAGAAACCAACAUAGAGUCUGAGAGAGCUGCUCACCUGGAGUCUAAAUUCAACUCUGAGAUCAUACAGCUGCGUAUCCGUGACCUGGAGGCAGCUCUACAGGUGGAGAAGUGUAGCCAGGCUGAAGCCGUGUCCAGUCUGGACAUGGUCAAACAACAGUUCAGAGAGGUGGAGCGAGCCUACAGCAUAGAGAGAGACAGGGCACGGGACUCUACUGGCAGACUGGCACAGCUGGAGAAGGACUACCUGAGCUCUAAGGCAGAGUUGAGUGCAGCGGUGGAGAAGGAGAGAAGAACUGCAUCACAAGUCCGAGACCAACUACAGGAACUACACACGCUACACACGCACAGCCUGACACAGCUGGACAUGGCUCGUAAGCGUCAGGUGUUGCUGGAGGAGGAAUUUGAGAGCUAUCUUAGAGAGUUACAACAGCUACUGCAACUACACACCGUUGUAGGACAACUCACCACAGAAGAGCCAGUUGGAGAGGGAAGAAAGCACAGCCCCUCUACUGUCAUGAACAUGCUGGGGACAGCCCUGACUACAUACCAGACCACCCUGGACCAGACUACUACAGAGGUCCUGGAUCAGCAGAAACAGUCAGAGAGGCUGGUCCAGGAGGUUCAGUCCAACCAGCGACUGAUGUCAGAACAGAAGAGUCACUUAGAGGAGCUCCGUGCAGCGCUGUCUGACUGUAACGUAGAGUUACAGCGUCUGAGAUCCCAGUGUUCUGAAAAGACGCUCCAGACCAACCGACUACAGACUGACCUACAGACCGCCCAGCAACACUGGGAGAAGGAGAGAGAAAGGGAGAACGGGAGAAGGAGAGAGAGGACCGUGGAGUUGCAGGCAGAAGUUCAGAGGAUCAGACAACUCAAUCAGAUAGAUUCUCAGGAGAAGUUGUCGUUCCUUCACGGUCUGUUCCAGCGUCUGUUGGCGGGCUGCGUCCUCGUCUCCCAGCCGCAAUGCAUCCUGGGUAGUUUCUCCUGGGCGGAGCUCUGUGAUGUCAUAACGGAACACGUCGACACCCUCACCUCUGACCUUACACGCGCCAACGAGAGGGUGUCCCACCUGCAGGCUGUGUGUGAGAGUAACAGUGUGUGUGUAUCUCAGCUGCAGCAGAGCCAGGAAGGGGUGUUAGUGAGAAUAGAGGAGACAGUGAAACAGAGAGAAGAGACCUGGACAGCACAGAGACAUGAGAUGGACCAGCAACACACACACACUGUUACACUGCUACAGGGGAAGAUACAGGUAACUAACACACUGCUACAGGGGAAGAUACAGGUAACUAACACACUGUUACAGGGGAAGAUACAGGGGAAGAUACAGGUAACUAACACACUGCUACAGGGGAAGAUACAGGUAACUAACACACUGCUACAGGGGAAGAUACAGGUAACUAACACACUGCUACAGGGGAAGAUACAGGUAACUAACACACUGUUACAGGGGAAGAUACAGGUAACUAACACACUGUUACAGGGGAAGAUACAGAUGUUCGCUGCUCAGCUUGAGGAGGCCCGUCAGAGACUAUCCUCACUCGAGAAAGAACGCAGCCAGCUGACCAAUGACCUCGCCAUGCUCCAGAAAACCCUAACCCAGUCUGACCUCCAGGGGUCAACCCUGCUCUCAGCCUGCACCCUACUGGCUGGGGCGCUCACACACCUCACACACGCCACACACACACUCCGCACACAGAAAACUCUCCUCACUCGCCGCUUGGCGGAGCGAGAGGGCCUAGAGAUGGAGGUUAGAACGCUCGUACAAGCUCUAGGGGAGGGAAGAGGAGAGGGGGAUGAGCAGAGGAAGGGAGGAGGGGUGAGGAGGUGGAGAAGGUGUGUGGUGUGUGUGAUAGCUGUGAACAGGUUGUGUGUGUUGGGACGGGGGAGCAGGCUGGUGUUUAGGGUGGGUGGGCAGAGGUACCCCUCUAUAGGAGUUCGUGUUUCAGUCGUCCCUCCUCUGGAGGAGAGAGAGAAGGACUCAACAUCGCCAUCUAAAGGUGAAGAGGAUAAUGACGAUGAAGGGAGAGGAAGACUGUGUGUGAGGUGGCUUCGUCGUAAAGAUAUCUCCUUCUUCAUCAUGUCUUCCAUGGCUGAACUACAAGAGGCCUUGGAGCACACAGUAUCUUCCUCUCGGGUGGUAUUGUCUGCCGCUCGUAACAGUCUAUCCCGCCUCCUGGACCACCUCCUCACCCCCUCAGACCGAGGGUCCCAUCUCACACCCUAUAGCGUGAACAAGGGUACUCUGGUUAGUAGGCUGGGACAGGGCUUACACCGACUCAUGGCCAAACAGAUGAGCAAUAAGUGUCUGGUGGUUUCGCUGCAGCAACACUUCCUGGUUUUCACCCACCGGCUGCACUCCGCUGAGGUGGAGAGGCGGAGCCUGAGGUUAGAGGUCGCGCGCCUCAAACGUGUCACCAAGGACGACCGAGGACCGUGCCACCUGGUGCCGGCAGAGCGGUUUGGCAGUGUGUGUGAGGAGUUGAGACAGGCCUUACAGAGAGAGGAGCAGGCUCAGGGUCUCCUGAGACAACAGUCUGACCAGCUACACACACUGGGGUUACGCAUGGACACACAUUGUGGAGAAGAGAGAGAGAGAGAACACACACUCUCACAGGCCGUACAGAGUCUGUCGGAAGCUCGUCAGGAGGUGCGUCAGAAGGAGCAGUCUCUAAGGGUUCUGGGUAAACACCUGUCGGACGUACAGCAGGAGAAGAAGAGUCUGGAGGAGAGUGUCAGACACGCGGAGGAUGCACUACGCAUGGCAGCCAAGCGCAAGGACUCCCUGGCCAGCUACAUGAGAGCAGUAGAGAGCAGCUACAGAGAGGUCAGAGACCGUAUCGUCCAAUCACGAUCCACCUCCACUGACAAGGACCUCCCUCUGCAGUUACCAAGAGUGCACCUGGAUCUGACCGGACCGGAGAGGUUGCUGGGAGGGCCGGACGUGGCCGCCUGUCAGAGCCUGGUGGGGACGUUCUCUGAGUUAUACCACGCAGCGUUCUCCAGGAUUGGCUCGAUGGAGAGGGAAAUCUCCGCCCACCAAAGCCAUGUCUCCGCCCUCCGGAAAGAACUACACGAUGCCUGUCUCAGGGAGGACCUCUGUUUCAUCCCUGUGUGCGAUUCUCAAUCGUCAAUGACCCCUCACCCAGACGACCUCUGUCAACUCGUCGUUGACCCUGAAGCCCCUCCUACCGAACACACCAACGUCCUGCUGAGGGAGGCAACAGGCAAACCCAACCCUACCCCCUCCCUCGCUCCCUCCCUCCCCUUGUCAGACCCCCCUAAAAAGGCUAAGGGCAGUAAGAAGGUGCCCAAGAAGACUCGUUCUGUACCGUCCAAGGCUCCGUCAAGAAGAUAGACCACAGAAUCACUGUUAUUUGUUACAGUGUAUCUGUUAUUUGUUACAGUGUAUCUGUGCUGUGUUACAGUGUAUUUGUUACAGUGUAUCUGUUAUUUGUUACAGUGUAUCUGUUAUUUGUUACAGUGUAUCUGUUAUUUGUUACAGUGUAUCUGUGCUGUGUUACAGUGUAUCUGUUAUGUGUUACAGUGUAUCUGUGCUGUGUUACAGUGUAUCUGUCCUGUGUUAUAGUGUGUCUGUGCUGUGUUACAGUGUAUCUGUGCUGUGUUACAGUGUAUCUGUCCUGUGUUAUAGUGUGUCUGUGCUGUGUUACAGUGUAUCUGUGCUGUGUUACAGUGUAUCUGUGCUGUGUUACAGUGUAUCUGUCCUGUGUUAUAGUGUGUCUGUGCUGUGUUAUAGUGUAUCUGUGCUGUGUUACAGUGUAUCUGUGCUGUGUUACAGUGUAUCUGUGCUGUGUUACAGUGUAUCUGUCCUGUGUUAUAGUGUGUCUGUGCUGUGUUACAGUGUAUCUGUGCUGUGUUACAGUGUAUCUGUGCUGUGUUACAGUGUAUCUGUGCUGUGUUACAGUGUAUCUGUGCUGUGUUACAGUGUAUUUGUUACAGUGUAUCUGUUAUUUGUUACAGUGUAUCUGUGCUGUGUUACAGUGUGUCUGUGCUGUGUUACACUGUAUCUGUGCUGUGUUACACUGUAUCUGUGCUGUGUUACAGUGUAUCUGUGCUGUGUUACAGUGUAUCUGUGCUGUGUUACAGUGUGUCUGUGCUGUGUUACAGUGUAUCUGUGCUGUGUUACAGUGUAUCUGUGCUGUGUUACAGUGUAUCUGUGCUGUGUUACAGUGUAUCUGUGCUGUGUUACAGUGUAUCUGUGCUGUGUUACAGUGUAUCUGUGCUGUGUUACAGUCAACACUCCCUGUUGACCGGAGACCCAUGGGUUCCCUUUGGGAAGAAGGACCCUUCAAUAUCCACGCGACAGAUUCCUUCUAUAGUGUUUAUCUGUCCUGAAUGAGGCGUUUUGAUACUGUCAUUAAGAGUAUGAAGAAGAAGACCUUUAUUGUAGCUGAAGAAAAGACAAGAAAAAAAAGAUCUGUUCUUGUUACAUAAACCAGUAAACCUUUUUUUAAAUGA